CGGAACGCAGCGGCGGGCGCAGGUUGCGGCGGGCCGCUUUGAGGCGGGCACAGCGCGGCGCGGCGCGGCGAGCCGCCGGGGCGGCAUGAGGGAGCUGGCUGCCGGCCUGAAGAUGGAGGGCGACAUCUUGGACGCGCUGGAGGCCCUGGGGUACACAGGUCCCCUAUUGGAGGAGGAAGCCCUGAACAAAGCAGUGGAAAAUGGAUUGUCUUCACCAGAGUUUUUUGACCUUUGUGUUUGGUUAGGUUCCCAAAUAAAGCCACUUUGUAACAUGGAAGAAAGCAUCACGCCAACAGAUGGUGAUAAAGAUAUAGAGAGCUUCCAGCUUGAGAUUAGUGGCUUUCUGAGAGAAAUGGCUUGUCCGUAUUCAUCACUUAUAUCUGGAGACAUAAAGGACAGAUUAAAAGAGAAAGAAGAUUGUCUUAAACUCCUCUUAUUUCUAAGUACAGAACUCCAAGCUUUGAAGAUAUUGCACAGCAAGAAAAGUAAAGGCUCUCAUUUGGAAAAGCACAAUGAAAUUUAUCAGGAAGUACAAGCUAUUUGUGAUGCACUGGGCCUGCCAAACUCAUCAUCUGAUAUUCCUCCUUUGUUAACCAAUGUGGAACAAAAGAUAAAGGACGUUCUCUCAAAAGUUCAAAAAAACCAUGUGGGGAAAUCGCUGCUAACAAAACCUCUGAAUUCUGAUCAAGUGGAAAGAUUGGAAAAAAUCAAUGAUGCUCUUCGCAGUGAGUACGAAUGUCGCCGUCGUAUGUUAAUGAAGAGGCUAGAUGUGACAGUGCAGUCUUUUGGCUGGUCUGAUAGAGCAAAGGUAAAGACAGAUGACAUAGCACGCAUCUAUCAGCCCAAGCGCUACGCAUUAUCUCCAAAGUCAACUAUAACAUUAGCUCACCUUCUUGCUGCUCGAGAGGAUUUAUCAAAGAUCAUAAGAACAAGUAGUGGAUCAACACGGGAAAAUACAGUCUGUGCAAUCAACAAGGUUCUUAUGGGGAGAGUACCUGAUCGUGGAGGCAGACCAACAGAGAUUGAACCACCUCCUCCUGAAAUGCCUCCUUGGCAGAAAAGACAAGAAGGUGGUGGAAGAGGUGGCUGGGGAGGUGGAGGUGGUGGUGGAAGGGGUGGCUGGGGUGGCGGAGGGGGUCGAGGAGGGGGAGGAGGAGGAGGAGGAGGUGGUGGUGGUGGUUUUGGAGGUGGUGGUUUCCGAGGUGGUGGAAGAGGUGGAGGUGGCUUCCAAGGUGGCAGGGGAGAUUAUGGUGGCAGGGGAGGUUAUGGUGGCAGGGGUGGUUAUGGAGAUCCAUAUGGUGGAAGAGGAGGUGGAGGAUACCGGCGAUACUAAAA